AUGCAAAAAGAUGUCUUUCUUGUCCUGUCAGGCAAGCGGGAUGUAGAGUCGGCUGACCUGCAGAACCUGAACGUUCUAGAGCGCUUUAUCAAAGAGUCUUUGAGGUUCCAUCCAGUGGUGGACUUCAUCAUGAGACGGGCACUGGAGGACGACUACAUCGAUGGCUACCGAGUGGCGAAGGGGACGAACCUCAUCCUGAACAUCGGUCGCAUGCACAAGUCUGAGUUCUUCCAAAAACCCAACGAAUUCAACUUGGAGAACUUUGAGAACACUGUUCCCAGUCGUUACUUCCAGCCGUUUGGCUGCGGCCCGCGGGCCUGCGUCGGGAAGCACAUCGCCAUGGUGAUGACGAAGGCCAUCCUGGUGACCCUGUUGUCGAGGUUCACGGUUUGUCCUCGUCACGGUUGCACCGUCAGCACCAUCAAGCAGACCAACAACCUCUCCAUGCAGCCCAUAGAAGAGGAUCCCGACUGCCUGGCCAUGCGCUUCAUUCCACGAGCUCAGAAUAUCUGCGGAGACCCACACCUGAGCACCUAAGAAAAAACACAGGAAUAGAAACCUUUAAAGGUGCGCUGAGUAAUUUCCUUUCACCUAAACAUUUUCAGUGGGCUCUGUCUUUUUUUUUUUUUUUUUGAUUUACUAUACACAAACAGUUGAACUUACCUCAAACUCGACGCAUACCAGUCAGCCUGCGAUAUAGACAUCCUUGACCAAAACAUAGACAUAUCAUGACUUGUUGAAAUUUUAAAGGGAUCGUUCAUCCAAAAAUGUUCAAUUCUGUCAUUAAUUAC